CAGUAUAUUCACUGAGCAUGAUGUGUCCUGUUUCCUUCGUUUAAAAUAAUUAAUUGAUUGGUUUUCAUGAACUAGGUUCUCUCUAAUUCCGCUUUAGGUGUUUAGUUCCCCGUCUCCCAGAAAACCUUAUAUAUGUUUCCUGUUUGCGAUCAUUCAUCUUCAUUUUUAAUCUAUACAACUGAAACGUAUAGAUCACAGAACGCAUAUGCGCAGAGCAGGCUGUAUUUUAUUGUACGCGGACUUCGUCACCCCACCUUAUUGGUCCAACCCAUGGAAGUCACAUCACCGAAUGCAGAUGCGCGGCUAUUGUGUUUGUCUCGGGCUGCAUCAUAUAUCUGGUGUAGCUGCGUAGCCGCAGAACUACGCAACCCAUCUGACGGUAUACGGAGAGGGGUGUAGCACGGAGAGGGAAAAUGCGUCAAGACGUGAGACCUGGUUUUAGGAUUAAGGGGUUGCUGGGUGAAAUAUAUAAAUAAACAAUAUAACCGCGGAGCUUCAACAUGGCAGCGCCCUGAAUAUCAUAUUCGGAUUAUAGCAUACAUUGUUAUUUCUAGCGUCCAUUCUGUUUGGCGAGAUGGGCUCUCAGGUGGUCCAAACUCUGCGACAGGGGGUCUGGGCAUCUCUGACCGGAGGCUGGUACCAUGACCCGGACCAGAACAAAUUUAAUAACUCCUGCCACCUCUACCUAUGGAUGUUUCUGCUUAUGUUACCACUGUCACUACAUUUGGCUUUGCCUCCCACCACGGUGGCACUUAGUAUCUACUGCAGUGCCGUGACCAUCUUCUUCAUCCUAAUUAAGAUGGUGAAUUAUCGCCUUCACGUGAUGUUUGACCAGGGCGAGAUUGUGGCCCAGAGCAGCAUGUCUGAUGUCAGCAAGGCAGGAGAGAAAAAGAGCGAUGCCUCAGACCCAUGUCUUCCGGCCAGUAUCAGGAAAAGCAGCACAGCCCCUGACAGCGUUGCCAUGACGAUGUUGACCCGAAACAGACCCAGUCCGGUAAUCCAGGUCACAGUGAAGCAGACAGAGACAGACACAGGGUUAAUAGGAGUGGAGUAUAUGAAGUCUGAUGACACAAAAAACAAUGAAGCCUUGAGCGGCACCCCCUAUCAGGAAAAGCCAGGAGAGAAUAAUUAUGUGGCUGAAGACAGACCAGCUGUAGAGGAUCCAUCAGCUCACCCUGCGAGCGAGGGGCAGGAAGAGAAGCCGCAGUCCAGCAGGGACACGGCGGACGAGGGCCUGCCUCCCUCCAAAGAGAGCGACGAGGAGACCAGUCAGGAGGUGGAGAAGCUGAGGCAAGACCCUAACAACAACUCCCUGGAGGCCGGCCAGGAGCACGAGGACGCCGCCUCGCCCCUGCAGGAGGGCCAGCUGGAGGAGACGUACUGCUCGGAUGAAAUCGCGGUGGUCCUGGUGGACACAUCCGGCCCCUCGACCCACCUGGACGAGAGCGACACUGUGAAGAUCAUCAUCACCAUGAGCUGUGACGCGCAGACGGCCGCCGAGCUGGAGGAGUCCGUGAAGCUGAGCAUCCUGGGUUCUGCUCAGAUGGGUCUGGAGAGACAGGCUGGGGCCGCCGGGGAGUGCCUCAUCAAAAUUCCCGUCAUCACCUUCGACUCCCCUGAAGACGAUGGUGCGGCAAGCGAAGACGACCCCAAACCCGACGCCGCUGAAACCUGUUUUCCACAGCUGCCCAUGCCGGAUGCCCGUCUCUCCAAAGAGCAGGUGAGCUCCGACUCGGCCACCCAGGACUGCCGAGACGUCGAGUCCAACGAUCCGGAGUUCGAGCACCCGAGCCCGCAGCUGACCAACGACAACAGCUCCUCGGGGAUUGAUGUCCGUUCGCACCCGGACGAGACCGACCUGCCGGAGCUGAACAUGGACCCCGAGGGGUUUCUGCAGAUCCCCUCUGCACCGGGGAAGUACGGCCCGGGGUCGAGGACCCACGUGAGGGGCCUGAGCAUGGACAGCGGCACAGACGCCGUCCUCAGCGCCGACAGGGCUAAGGACAAGCUGCGUACCCUCACCUCCUCUAAGUCGGACUUGGAAGCGAAGGAGGGCCAGAUUCCCAACGAGUCGAACUUCCUGGAGUUUGUUUCUCUGCUGGAGUCCAUCAGCAGCACCAGGGCCAGCACGGGGAUCCCUCCUGAUGAGCUGACAGAGGACGGACAGAAAGCGUCCCAUGAAGAAGAUAUCCCUGCAGGUAUGAGGGAGGAGGAGGUGGAGAAAGCGAGGCAGCAGGAGUGCAUGAAAGCUCCCUCUAGCCUGGCCGUGACAGGCGCAGCCAAUGCAACAUCAGACAAACCCAUCCCCAUCGUGUCUCCAGACAGUCCUCAGACAGACAAGGACAGGGACCCGGAUUACGACUCCCUGCCUUCCCAGACAUCCCAGUCAGAAAGCUCCAUGCUCCAGGUCAUAUGCAGGCCGGAGGCCACUUCCAAAGAGGAGGCAUACACCUUCCAUACAGUCCACAGAGACAGACCUCGCAAGCUGUACGCCGAGAGAGCUUUAAAUUUGCCCCUUGGAGCAGAGCUGAUUACAGGCAAUAUGUGUGACCUUCUGUCUACAUCGUCCAACUCUGAGUGCCAAGAUGGGCUGGUAGGGGGGCAUUCAGACUGCCCCUUCCAGCGGCGAAUAAUCCCUACACACAGGCUCCGCCCACGGAGAACGCAUCCCGAAGUCUUCCAGGAGGAGGACUCAAUAGAGGAAUCCUCUGAAACGUCUACGCAAGAAAAGCCUUCCAGAAAAUUUUACUACAAAUUGAUGGUUUUUCCUGGGAAGUGGGUGAACAUCUUAUAUGAUCGGCUCACUCUGCUGGCAUUAUUAGACAGAAAUCAGGAAGUGGUGGAGAACAUGGUGGCUGUGAUUCUGGCAUUCCUGGUUGCCUUCCUUGGAUUCAUGCUGUUGAAUCAUGGAUGCUUCAAAGACAUUUGGGUGUUCCAGUUCUGUCUGGUCAUUGCAAGCUGCCACUACUCCUUGUUAAAGAGCGUUCAGCCCGAUGCCGCCUCACCAACUCAUGGGCACAAUCAAAUGGUGGCCUACAGCCGGGCGGCGUAUUUCUGCAUAUUCUGUUGCCUUAUCUGGGUGCUGGAACUGAUACUGAAGAGACAAGAUCUCCCCGUGUCAACUGUAUACGGAAUAACUAUAGUGCUGUCAGAUGCCCUUAAGUUCACAAGAGAUAUUUUAGUGGGCUUUACAUAUUGUUUUCCAAUUACAUUUCUUGUGGGCCUACUCCCCCAAAUCAACACCUUUGUGAUUUACCUGCUGGAGCAGAUCGACGUGCAUUUCUUUGGUGGGACAGCUGCCACUGGGCUGAGCUCGGCCAUCUAUAGCAUCACACGGAGUCUGCUGGCGUUGUCCAUCCUGUACGGAUUCUGCUUCGGUGCUCUCAAAGAGCCGUGGGACGAGCAGCACAUCCCGGCCCUGUUCUCCGGUUUCUGCGGGCUCCUGGUGGUCCUGUCCUACCACCUGAGCCGGCAGAGCAGUGACCCUACUGUACUGAUGUCCCUGAUAAAGUCCAAACUGAUGCCCAUUCUGGGAGACGGUUUCAAGGCUGAAAACGACUUGGAGGAGGCGGGUGAUCCCCUCCCGGAGAAGCUGAGGAAUUCAGUGAAGGAGAUUCUGCACUCGGACCUGGUGGUGUGCACGCUAGCCUCAGUGCUAACCUUCGCUGUGACCGCCAGCACUGUGUUCCUGUCCCUGAAGCCCUUUGUCACCAUAGUGCUGUACGCUCUGGCUGCUACAGUAGGCUUCAUCACACACUACCUGAUACCUCAGUUACGCAAGCACCACCCCUGGCUCUGGAUUUCACAACCUGUGCUAAAGAGCAAGGAGUACUCCCAGUUUGAGCCCAGAGAUGAUGCCCACUUGAUGUGGUUUGAGCGUCUCUAUGUGUGCCUGCUGUGUUUUGAGAAGUAUGUGGUGUACCCGGCCAUUGUCCUCAGUGCUCUUACCAACGACGGCUUCUCCCUGAGUCACCGCAAGAAGCUGGGCAUCCACUGUGAUGUCUUGUUGAUGACAGUUGCUGGGAUGAAGCUUCUCCGCAGCUCCUUCUGCAAUCCCAGCUUCCAGUUUGUCACGCUCAUCUUCACCGUCGUUUUCUUCGAGUUUGACUGCAGCAAGGCCUCCGAGACCUUCCUGCUGGACUUCUUCCUCAUGUCUAUCGUCUUCCAUAAGCUGUGGGAUCUUCUGUACAAGCUGAACUUUAUCAUGGUGUACAUCGCCCCCUGGCAGAUUUCCUGGGGCAGUGCGUUUCACGCCUUUGCUCAGCCCUUCGCUGUACCUCACUCUGCCAUGUUGCUUCUGCAGACCUUUGUCACCACCCUGUUCUACACCCCUCUCAGCCCCUUCCUGGGCAGCGCCAUCUUUAUCACCUCCUACCCCCGGCCUGUCAAAUUCUGGGAGAGGAAUUACAACACCAGGCGCAUUGACAACUCCAACAGCAGGCUCGUGUCUCAGAUUGACAAGGAUACAGGGUGUGAUGACAACAACCUGAACUCCAUCUUCUAUGAAUACCUGACACGCUCGCUCCAGCACUCUCUGUGCGGGGACCUGCUCCUGGGCCGCUGGGGCAACUACAGCUCCGGGGACUGCUUCAUCCUGGCCUCCGACUACCUCAACGCCUUCGUGCACCUCAUCGAGAUCGGGAACGGCCUCGUCACCUUCCAGCUCCGGGGCCUGGAGUUCAGAGGCACGUACUGCCAGCAGAGGGAGGUGGAGGCCAUCACGGAGGGGGUGGAGGAGGAUGACGCCUGCUGCUGCUGCGAGCCGGGCCACCUGCCCCACAUCCUGUCCUGCAACGCGGCCUUCAACCUGCGCUGGCUGGCCUGGGAGGUCACCACCACCAAGUACCUGCUGGAGGGCUACAGCAUCAGCGAGAACAACGCCGCCACCAUGCUGCAGGUGUACGACCUGCGCAAGCUCCUCGUCACCUUCUACCUGAAGAGCGUCAUGUACUACCUGAUCCACUCGCCCAAACUCUCCGUGUGGCUCAAAGAGUCCUCCAUUCAGGAGGCGCUGCAGUCCUACAGCAAGUGGCACUACAUUGAGCGGGACCCGGCCGUGUUCAGCGUCAAGAUCGACGAGGACUACGUGCACUGCCUGCAGGGGGUCACCAGGGCCAGCUUCUGCAGCGUGUACCUGGAGUGGAUCCAGUACUGCGCCAGCAAACAGGACGAGCCCCUGGACAGCGAUGAGGACUCCCCCUUGGUCACUCUCUGCUUUGCGCUGUCGGUUCUUGGCAGAAGAUCCUUGGGGACAGCUUCUCACAACAUGUCGAACAGCAGCUUGGAGUCCUUCCUGUACGGCUUUAACGCACUGUUCAAAGGGGACUUCCGCAUUGCCACCAAGGACGAGUGGGUGUUCGCUGACGUGGAUCUGCUUCAGAAGGUGCUGGCCCCAGGUGUGAGGAUGAGCCUGAAACUGCACCAGGAUCACUUCACCUGUCUGGAGGAGACAGAGGAGCCUGCUGUUCUGUAUGAGGCCAUCAGCAACUACCAGACCAGCCUGGUGAUCUGCCACGAGGGCGACCCCGCCUGGCGAAAAGCGGUACUGUCCAGCCAGGACACGCUGCUCACCUUGCGCCACAUGGUGGACGACGGCUCGGACGAGUACAAGAUCAUAAUGCUCUACAAGCGGCACCUCAGCUUCAAGGUCAUCAAGAUCAAUAAGGAGUGUGUGCGGGGCCUGUGGGCGGGGCAACAGCAGGAACUGGUCUUCCUGCGGAACCGCAACCCAGAGCGCGGAAGCAUCCAGAACUCUAAGCAGGCCCUGCGCAACAUGAUCAACUCGUCCUGCGACCAGCCGCUGGGGUACCCCAUGUAUGUGUCCCCGCUCACCACGUCCUACAUGGGCACCCACAAGCAGCUGACAAGCAUUCUGGGAGGCCCCAUCAGCCUGGAGAACAUGGCUACCUGGGUGCUGUCCAAGUGGAGGCGGGUGCGGAAGGACAAUCUGACCAGCUGUAACAGUGGGGUCAACAUGGAGGAUGUGGACUGUACAGGCGCCUCUUCCUCUCUCAGCCAGAACCAAAACUCCAUCACGUCCCAGAGCCUGAGUCUCUGCCCGGCCCGGCCCAGAACCUCACAGAGCGGCAGGCAGAAUGCAGCAGCGCGCAGAGAGUACAGGAGCCGGUCCGUUCAGCCUCAGCAGCAGCGGCUUCCUGUCACCAGCCAGUCUGGGCCAAUCCUGGACAGCCACCAGGGGUCUAACUCUGCUCACGGCCUGGUCCAGCGCCUCUCCAACAGCCAGCUGUCCUUCAACACCUCCAUCGCCUCCAUCUUCUCGCAGGUCCCCCGCCUCUCCACCGGGGGGCCCCUGAGCUCACAGGCCCAGGCAGCCGGCCAUCACCGCUCCAGCCAGAUAUCCUCCUCCAGCUCCACCCUCAGCCUGCUCUUCGGCAAGAGGAGCUUCUCCAGCGGCCUGGUCAUCUCGGGGCUGUCGGCGGCCGAGGGGGGGAACACCACCGAUACCCAGUCUUCCAGCAGUGUCAACAUCGCUAUUGGCCCUUCCUGCAGGUCUGGGAGCAGAGGGACACAGUGGACCUCAGAGGCCUAUGAAAGCCUGGAUGCCACCAUCUCCAAUGUGGUGACUAUACCCAAAGACAGCGCCUCUGGUGAUAAAGACUGUGUCCAGGGGACAGACAACAGCCAAGAGGAUUCCACCACCUCAGCCUUCCACGAACUGCCAGAACAAAAGACUAUAUGAGAGCACUGACACCGUCUCUACUGGUCAGCAUGCUUGCCCUGGUGCUCUGGAUUUGGACACUUAUGUUGCCCUUUAUUCAAUAGAAAAAAUGAACACCUUUUUAUCAAACGAUCCCAGACUUUUGUUGCCCCUUGACACAUACGGUUAUAAUAUUUUGGUUUCUUUUUUCAAGAGCUAGACAGCUAGUUGCAAAAGGAGGUAUCUGGGUAUAAAAUUACACUACAA